AUGUUGAGUGAAGUGGCUUAGAGAUCCAACAGAGGAUAGAGGUAGAAUGAACUGCCGCGGCUCCCGCUGACUUUUUAGCAUUUAUUACUAAUACUUGGAAACUACCUUUCAGCAGGAAUACUCUCAAAGCAGCUCUCACGAAAAAUCUGAAGACAGCUGGGACUAAGCAAGUGUGUAAACUGUCCUGGAAACACUGACCUGCUUUUACUCUCUCAUCCAUCCAGCCUUUAGGAUGGCACAGUUAUGUCUGCUGGAAUUUUACUUAUUGCUAGGACAAAGCUCUUUCUUAACCUAGCAACCACAGACUGAAUGUAACUUUGACUGACUCUCUUCAGUUCAUGAGACCACAAUGGUGGGCCUAAAACCCACGGACAUCCCCCCCUCAGCAACGGUCAAAUUUCUCAGUGCUGGGACAGCGGCAUGCAUUGCCGACCUCUGCACCUUCCCUUUGGACACGGCUAAAGUCCGGCUCCAGAUUCAGGGAGAAUCAAAAUCGUCCAGAGCAGCCAAGAAUGUCAAAUACAAGGGGGUCUUUGGUACCAUCACAACCAUGGUGAAGAUGGAAGGACCCAAGAGCCUCUACAACGGCUUAGUGGCCGGUCUCCAGCGCCAGAUGAGCUUUGCGUCCAUCCGCAUUGGACUCUAUGACUCCGUGAAACAGUUCUACACUCCAAAGGGAUCAGACAAUGCGAGUAUCUUCACCCGGUUGCUUGCUGGGUGCACCACUGGAGCCAUGGCGGUAACAUGCGCCCAACCUACAGAUGUGGUGAAAGUGCGCUUCCAAGCACACAUCAGCCUAAUAGGGGGACCCAAGAAGUACAAUGGGACCGUGGAUGCCUACCGGACCAUUGCCAGGGAGGAAGGAGUCCGAGGCCUUUGGAAAGGGACUCUGCCCAACAUCACCCGCAACGCCAUCGUGAACUGUGGGGAGAUGGUCACCUACGACCUCAUAAAGGAGACCCUGCUAAAGUACCAGCUGAUGACAGACAACUUUCCCUGCCAUUUUGUUGCUGCCUUCGGAGCUGGUUUCUGCGCUACAGUGGUGGCAUCUCCUGUGGAUGUAGUGAAAACAAGAUACAUGAACUCCAUCCCGGGACAGUACAAGAAUGCCCUGAAUUGUAUGCUGACCAUGGUGGUGAAGGAAGGGCCCACAGCUUUUUACAAAGGUUUCAUGCCUUCAUUCCUGCGGCUGGGAUCCUGGAACGUGGUGAUGUUUGUGUCUUUUGAGCAGCUGAAGAGGAUGAUGGUUCUGGCCCAGGUGGCCUGGGAAUCGCCUUUCUGAAAACAGAGGUUGUCUCUGGUUUGAGGAAGUAACAGCUGGAUGGCUCCAGGGACUUCUCAAGAGAAAGACAGAAGUUAAAAUGCGAGAUGCAACUUUGGAUUAAAAGCCUUGAUGAACUGUUCUUGCCACUGGGGCAAGAUGGAAAACAAAUCAAUUAUAUUAAUUGCUUCAUUAUAGGCUUUAGGACCCAACAAUGUGUAAUAUACAAACUAAAAAGAAGUGAUUUUUAAAAAGUAAAAGCGCCAAUGAUUCUUCAAUAGAAAACAAAAAAAUUAAAUGAGAGAAGGAGAUAGAAAGUAAAGAAGGGAAGGGAAGGGAAGAGAAGGAACAAAGGAAGGACGGAUUACAACGAAUGCAUUCUGGCUCAGAAAGUUCAUCCACAUUCAUGCUGAACAGGUCAAAGGAUUCUAAUUAAUGGCUUCCAUGAAACACAGAGAUGACCCAGAAGACCAUCCUGCUAGU